AUGGGUCGCUCUCUCUUCACCCACAUCACGCCUAUACCGCCGGGCAUCUCGCGCGACACCGCCAUCACGCGCCUCCACGACCAUGUCGCCAUGAUCCAGCUGAACCCGCUCGUCAUCCGUCAGGAAGCCACUGAUGCGCCCCCCGAUGCGACCAAAGAUGAAGCUGAGCUGGGGACGUGGUACUCCAUCACCGACCUGAUCAGCUAUCUGCCGGGCGGCCUCUACAAGGGCGAAGUCUCCUACAAAGCAUGCUUUUACAACCUGCAAAACGGCUUGCAAACGCACGUCUUCGCUCCCGCGGGCGUAGACAUUCGAAGCAAGUGGAGUAUCGGCGGGAAUAUGCCUGGCGAGCCGCGCGAGUCGUCGGAGCUGGGAGUCGAUAAGCCGCGAGAGGGCUUGUAUAUCAAGGAAGAAAUCGAUCUGCGGUGUAAUAUGUUUAUGGGCGCGUUCGUGAAGCGCAACUUGCAAACCAGUCACCAAGAAGUGCAUGACAAAAUCAUCAAAAAGGCG